AAGAGGUGCUGGCCAGCCGGAAGAGCAGUCCGUGCUCUUAUCGGCCCGAUUGCGAGUGUCAUUAGUAGAUUCGCUGAUUGGUGAACUCCAAUCGCAGAUUGCCAAUUGUAUCGGUUCGGUUUGGGCGGCAAGGCAAGACAAGACAGCCCGGCAUUCAGUUAAGCAUCAUCGAUCGUCGUCAUGGGCUGCUCCUGGUCGCGACCCGAACAGGUGGACUCCGGUGCCACGCCCAACGCCCUGCAGGCGGGCAUUCCCGCCCAGCGUCACCAGCGGAGGCGGCGCCAGGAGGAGAAGCGUCUGCGCCAGCUCCAUAAGCUACAGAAACGCAAUGCCCGCAAGCGACGCCGCAAGAGAGGCUCCGGAUCCGGCUCUGUGGGACCAAUUUGCGGCACAGACGGCUCCAUUCAACGGCACCGACUCAGCGCAAGAACACAUCCCGAUCUCGCCCUGCAACUGCGUCUGCUGGGGGGCAGCAAUGGCAGCAGUGCCACCGAGUGCGUGAGUGCCCUGUAUGCCAGGACAUUGGAGCAGCAGCGCGAGGAGUUCCAGCGCACGGUGGAGGAGAGGACGCUGCACCAGCUGGACCGCGAGCUGCACACCUUUCUGCUCAACCAACUGCUCCUGGGCGUCCAGUUCUUCGGGCAUUUCGAGGCCGAGAUGGGCGUGAUCGAUGCCCAGUUGCUGGCCAGGCGGCGCAACUGCUCCGCCGAGAGUCUGGCCGAGCACAGCCUGCUCCAGAGCAGCGCCAUCGACGCAGCCGUUGCCAGGAACCUGCUCUUCAAGCCAGCAUCCUCGAAGAGCCCGGCACAACCACUGCAGAAGCCCCUCACCUACGUGGUCUUCGAGAAUGUGGACGUGGCCCGACCCCACGAUGCCAACUACGACACCGUGGCGGCGCUGUGCAAGGUGCUCCUGGAGACGGACUACUACAGCACCACGCCCUCGCGCUCCCAGUUCGUCCAGCUGAUGGAGCUGACCCGCUGGAUGGGCUAUGUGCGCCUCAAGCUGCGUGAGCAGUCCCCCAAUUCGAAUCCGAAUCAGAAUCCUCCGGCGGACAGUGGUUGCAGCUCACCCUUCCCGGCCAGCAGCAGCGAUGAGGAGUGCUCCUCAUCCUCGGGCUACAGUUCCGGGGACUACGACUAUGUGUACUUGGCCCGGCUGAAUACGCCGCGUCCGCUGGAGGAGCUGCGACUUGGGCGAAAGUUGGAUCUGAAGAGGAAUGUGCUGCCGGAUAGCUGCAUCCGGCGACUGGCCAACUGUCUGCCUGCCUGGCUGGAGCAAACCGAUGACGAGGAGGACUCAUGCUCCGCCUCCUCCAGCAGCGACGAUGAGGAGGCGGGGGAGGAGGCGGGGCAGAAGGACCGGAAGUAUCCACCGGCUGGCUAUGAGACCGUCCAGGUGCUGCGCCAGUGCCAAGUGGAGCAACUGCAGCAGUGCUACCUCAGUUCGCAGCAGUUCAUGCUGUAUUUCGGGGAGCUUCUCCGCCAGCACUUGGCCCCUCAGCUGGGCAUCAGCCAGGGCCAACUGGCCGAGGCCUCCUAUCGCGGCUGCAGUGUGUACACGGCCCGCGAGGAACUGGUGCCCGCCAUCCAUGUGCCCAACUCCUGGCCGGACUGCGCCUUCGAGUUCUGGCUGAGGGCGCGGCCGCGCCUGACCAAUCUCCACACGGCCGAGCAGUUCCAAUGGCCCACGGAGCAGAUGAGGAAGCGCAUCCGCUCCUUCGGCUUCCAUGUGGUCCCGGUGGGCUAUGCGCCCAAGCAUUCCCGCAAUCCCUUCCGGGAGCUGGAGUGGCGCAUUGUCUUCCCCCAGGCGGAGCAGUACCUCGAGCGGCACUGCCUCACGCCCAUGCAACUGAAGGUGUUUCAGCUGAUGAAGCUGCUGGUCAAGACAUUCGUGGAGGGCUCCUGCUCCUCCUCGCCGGCGGAUCUGCUGGAGGAGCAGCUGCGGGCCCACCUCUUCUGGGAGUGCGAACGGCACAGCAAUGACUGGCCCGAGGAGUUCCUGGGCGAGCGCCUGGUGCGCUUCAUCCGCUCGUUCGACGCCUGUCUGGCGAGGAAGCAGCUCAGCGACUACUUCAUCGAGCGGCGCAAUCUCUUCGAGCAUGUGCCCGAGGACACCCUGAUGCAGCUGCGCACCAUCAUGGCCGGCAUUGCGGAGCAGCCGCUGCUGCAUGUGGUCCAGGCACUGAGGAAUCUCCAGCAUGCCCCACACUUCUAUCCGCCACUGGACUACGGCCGUCUGUUGCAGAACCUGUGCAGCCAGGACUACCUGGAGCUGCAUGGUUGGGGCAAGUUUUCGCGUCCCCGGCAGGGAUUUCCUGCAGCCCAGGAGGAAAGGCGGGAGCGGUUGGAGCCCGGCCAGGACUUGGUGGCCACCGAUGCCCGGGGUCUGCUGGGCUUGGCCCAGCAUCAAGAGCGAUCGCGGGGCAAGCUGCGCAGGAAGACACAGCUCCUGAGGGCCCAGACCACCAGCCAGCAGCAGCAGCAGCAACAGCAGCUCCAGGGUCAAAGGCGCUCCUCGCUGGAACUCCUGGAUGAACUGCAGCUGCUGCUCAAGCAAUCCCAUCCAGAUUCCGGCAGCCGUAAUCCCGUGACACAACCACAACUGAACAACGGCCUGGAGAUCCUGCGACGCAGCAAUCUGCUCGAGCUGCUGCUGGAUCACCAGCUGGCCAUGUUGGCACAUGCCACGCGCCACUUUGGCAAUCGUGGACACGCCCAGCUCUACCUGGAGCAGGGUCAAAGGUUGUGUCGCCUCUAUCAGCACCUGGGUUGCGCCCAACAGGCCCAGCACUUCAUCCAGGCGCUUCAGCUGGCAGCCACUCAAAUGGAGGUCAUGUCUGCCAACCCCUUGCCACACAGACCAGGUGCAAUGGACGUGGAGGUGGAGGUGGAGGUGAAGGAAUCCCCGCCGGUGCGUAGAAAAUCCAUCAAGUUUCAGGAGCAUGUGGUGCAGAUACACUCGCCAGAUCCGCUGGCCAGGCCCCAUCACAUGCCCCAUCUUGAGAGCCACAAACUAAGUGGCAUUCUGAGGGGGAAUCAUCGACAGGAGGAGGAGGAGGAGGAGACACAAUCACGCAACGAGGAUAAAAUCAAAGCUACAGAGGAGGAUAUACUACCACCUGAAAGAGUAGUAGAGAAAUCGGAAUCGAAAGUGGCAGAAACUGCCAGGCAGGAAGCACUACUCUCGCUGAACGGAAUCCUCCAAAGACUCAAUCUGGACACGGACAAGAUGCAGGCCUUGAGCAGCAAGACGGAGCAACUGGUCCAAAGAGUAGCCCCAUCCGAGGCCAAACGAGAGGAGCUCAAGGAUGUCCUCAAGCGCAACACGCAAAAGCUGAAGGGCGCCUUUAACUAAACAUGAUUCAUUACAGAUUAGCUAUACAUAUAUAUAUAUAUAUAUAUAUAUAUAUAUAUGUAUAUAUAUUGAUAUAUUGAUAUAUUGAUAUGGGGAAGGUAAGCUAAAAGUGAUAAGGGCAGAGAUAAGAAUGGGAUUUACUAGUUUUAUAGAUCAUAGGCACUGUACAUAAGUUAAUGUUGUCUGAUUCCAUUGCACAUACAUAUGCGAGUAUUUGUAAUCUGGAAUUCAGUUGUGUUUCCCUAUGAUGGCAAUGUUAUUGAAUAUUUUACUAAAUAUAUACCCAAUUCAAGGUAAAUAAACACUGGAAAAUAAAUAAUAAAACUACUCAACUUUGUUGAUAAACAUCUUAAA